AGGAAGAGACUCUUUAUUUGGCGCCCUUUUUGCUCAGUCUUGAGAUCAAGCUCUUGAAAUUUGCCGGCUUGACUUGGUUUUCACUUGGAUUAUCUGCAACUUCCUCUCAAUUUUAUGGGGUCUCAAUUUUCACUUGGUUUUCACGAUGGUUUGCUUAAUUUGCUCGUGCAGGCUAUCUUUGUGAGUGCAUCAACGACAAGUUUGACUUCUCUUCAUUCUCAUGGAGUUUACAAGUUUAAGCAGAGGUGGAUGUUACUAUUUCCCACCAUGCCAUAUGCUCAAUGUUUGUGGGUUCCGAAUCCAGUUUGAUUGCCCUAUGGACUUUUCAGCUCUCCCUAUCUUCUCCCCUGUUCCUUCUGAUUUUGAUGCUGUUUCAGACGAAGAACUGUCAGGUCAUCCCAGCCAUAGUUCUUUAAAUUCGGAAAACGUGUCUGAGAAAGAAAUUGAAAAGCCACUUGAUGCGAGUUCUUUGAUAAAAGCGGAGCCUUGGUACAAAAUCGUCAAGAACUUGCACAUGUGGAACCCAUCUUUCACUGAUAUCAUUUUGAUUUCAAGUCCAAUGGGCAUGUUAGGGCUACCCUUUUUGACCCGACAGAAGGGGUUCUCUGCAAAGAUAUAUGUGACAGAAGCAACAGCAAGACUUGGAAAAUUUAUGAUGGAUGACCUUGUUGCAAUGCAUAUGGAGUUCAAGCAGUUUUAUGGAUGUGAAGAUGGUGCUUUCCCUCAGUGGAUGAGGCAGGAAGAGCUAGAGCUGCUUCAUUGUGCGCUAAGAGAAGCGGCUUUUGGGUCAGAUGGAGCAGAUCUUGGUGGUUGGAUGCCCAUGUACAGUGCAGCUGACGUUAAGGAUUGUAUGCAGAAGGUUGAAACUCUUAGAUAUGGUGAAGAAACAUGUUAUAAUGGUGCACUAGUUAUAAAAGCAUUCAGCUCUGGUCUUGAAAUUGGCGCUUGUAACUGGACCAUUAAUGGCCCAAAGAGAGACAUUGCAUAUAUUUCAAGUUCCAUCUUCUUUUCCUCCAAUGCAAUGAAUUUUGAUUACGUUGCUUUUCAAGAGAAAGAGACAAUUAUUUAUUCUGAUUUCUCAUCCUUGGAAUUUACAAAUGUCGUAGAGAAUGAUACAGGAGUCCCUUUAACCAACAACUUAUCUUCACUCAGAAGUAAUGAGGAAGCUCUUGCUAAUUUAUUGAGUGAUCCUACUGAGAGUGCGGAGGAAUUGGAAAAGCUGUCUUUUAUAUGUUCAUGUGCUAUUCAAUCUGUGGAAUCUGGAGGUUCAGUCCUUAUUCCUAUAAAUCGACCUGGUAUAACCCUGCAACUUCUAGAGCAUAUAUCAGCUUCACUAGAUUAUUCGAAUUUGAAGGUUCCUAUAUAUUUGAUUUCUUCUGUAGCUGAGGAGUUGUUGGCAUUUGCCAACGUUAUACCAGAAUGGUUAUGCAAGCAAAGACAACAAAAGUUAUUUUCUGGUGAGCCGAUGUUUGCAUUUGUUGAGCUCCUUAGAGAGAAAAAGCUUCACGUCUUUCCCUCAAUUCAUGCACCCAAAUUAUUAAUGAACUGGCAGGAACCGUGCAUCGUAUUUUCCCCUCAUUGGAGCUUACGACUUGGUCCGGUGGUCCACUUGCUUCGGCGUUGGUGUGGGGAUCCUUGCUCUUUACUUGUUCUAGAGAAGGGACUUGAUGCUGAGUUUGCUCUCUUACCAUUUAGGCCAAUGGCUAUGAAGGUUCUUCAGUGUGCAUUCCUCUCUGGUAUAAAGUUGGAGAAGGUUCAACCGUUGCUAAAGGUCUUGCAACCAAAAUUUUGUUUGCUCCCUGAGAAUUUGAGCCGGUUGAUCAAUACAAAUACAGAAUCAUUGUCGGUCUUCCCAUACACUGAAGGCGAAACUGUAUGUGUACCAAACUUGAAAGACAGUGUAGAAUUAGACAUCGCCUCCGACUUGGCUACGAGUUUUGGUUGGCGAAAGUUAUGUCAGGAAAAUAUAAACAUCACAAGAUUGAAUGGAGAGCUCUCAUUACAUGGUGGGAAAUUCAAGUUGCUGCCUGAAAAUGGGCAAAGAGCCUCAGACCAGAGGCCACUAAUACAUUGGGGUAAGCCUGAUUUGGAAAAGCUUCUGAAUGUGUUAUCAAAGAUGGGCAUCGAGGGCUCUCUGGAGCAAGAAAUGUCUGAAGCUGAGGCAAGCAAUGUUCGUGUAAUACGCAUACACGAUCCGACUGAGGCUGUGAUAGAAAUCCAAGAAUCAAGGUCUAUAAUUAGCGUUGCUGAUAAGACAUUGUCUGCUCGGAUUUUUGAAGCUUUAGAUAGUGUUUUAGACGGAGUCUAGAAGGGACUCGACUACAAUGCCAUGGUAGAGCGAAGAAGUUAGGAUCUUAAAAGUUCUCUCUAUUUUACCCAUGUAAAUUUUUGAAAUGGAAAAGUGAUGAAUCUGAACAUAAAAUAUCAAACAAAGUUUUUAUUUUUUCUUUAAAU